GAAAAUUGCUGAAGUUCCAUUUGACGCAUGAUCUUGACUUGACAUUUCUCCCCCUACCCCAAACCGUUGUUGCACCAUAGUUUCCAAACAAUAACAAAGUGCAUCAGAACGAAGAAAAAACGCGAACAGUUCGUCGUGUCCUUCGAGAAUAUCUGGUUAGGCGAGUCUUUGUCUCGAACCAAACAUCUAGUCAGCCAAGAUGACCAAGGUGGACAUCCCGAUGAAGAACAAGGUCGACGCGUCGGCCAACUUUAUCCAGCACGAAAAAGACGUCGAAGUUCAGGUGCGUGCCCCGAAAAGGGUAUUGCACUUUAGCGAUGGGACGCUCGAGGAGUACAGCGACGACGACCAGGACCAGGUCGACGGGGUCGGACGGAACGAGGAGGGCACCGUUGAUGAGUCCAAAAUGAACUGGAGCGACUGGAUGCUGCACAAAACCUGCAAACUGGGCACCUCGGUCCUGGCCGGAUGUGACUACGUUGGUGAGGGGCUGGCCUCCUUCCUCGGCAUCACCACGCCCAAGUACAGCUUCGAGAUCGAGGAAUUCAAGCGGAUGCAGGCGGAACAGCAAGCCGAAGACCGCGCUAUCCAGAACUUUGUCGAGCAGAAUCGUCCCUCCGCCACAGUCGAAUCCCAGCCCGAGCAGAGCAACCCCGCCUCUGCGACAGCUCCGGCCGGGGGGGCCACAACGGUGACGAAUGAAAUUGAAAAGUUUUAAAAAACUAGCACACACACACACACUUGCAAAUAUCAAAAAGCGCUUGCAGCAAAAAUAAUGUAGAUUUUGUUUGAAACACCAAUCUAAAGCACAUUUCGGAUGAUUUGAAUCAUUUGCGAAUCAUUAAGUUAAGAUGCAGAAUGUAAAGGAUUUAUAUAUAUUUAUUGUAAACUAAACAUCAAUGACAGUGCAAUUUGCAAUAGAAUUAUUAUUAUGAAACUCCAAAGAUGUAUUGUAUAUUAUCUUUGAUAUGAUGAAUAAAUAAUAAAGUUUUAUUUGAUAAUAUUAUACUCUGAA